GCUGCUGACCAAAGGUUUUCGUAUUACCUAAUUCAGACUUGUUGUCAUUUGCACUUUGUGUCGGCUGGCUUGUAGAUCCACAGGGAAAUUUGCUUCAAUGCUACGGGAUCUCUGUAACACAGAGUGAAAAUGGACAAAGAGUCAGGCCUGUUUCUGUUCCUGGUGCUGCUUCUCUCUCACAAAGGCAGCACACAGUUACAAACCUCUUGUCCGUACACCUGCCAGUGUUUCACUUCAGUCCAAAUACUGUGUGCUGACGAACGGAUGACAUCUUUACCCAAGAACACGUCCAAGCAGGUCAAAGACUUUAUUGUAAUCAGAACAUCUGUAUCGUACCUCUUCACUCACACUUUAGGGGAAAGCCCCCAACUCACCAAGCUCGUCUUCCUGAGUAACGCCCUGCGGAGCGUUCACUCUCAGGCUUUUGAGCAUCUGACUGAGCUGCAGGAGCUGGAAAUCAGUGGGAACCCAUGGCUGGAGUAUUUGUAUCUGGGGACUUUUUCGAAGCAGGGAAACUUAACCAAACUGCUGCUUAACUUCAACAGAUUUAAGACGGUGCUUCCUGGCAUGUUUGACUCUCUCGUGCAGCUUGAAUCUCUGCAGAUGAAAGGAAACAUGAUAUCAGAUCUGCCUGCAUCUCUUCUCCUGAACCUCCACAACCUGCGUGUCCUGGAUUUGUCUCAGAAUAAGCUCGAAGACAUAAGAAACGGAACUUUCUCUAGCCUGGCAAAACUCGAGAUCCUGAAAUUGAACAACAACCUCAUGAGUAAUGUCACAUCUGACAUGUUCCACAACAUUUAUCAGCUGGUAGAGCUUCACUUGGAGGGGAAUAAGAUAUCAGAGCUUUCGGAUGAUAUUUUCUUUGUGUUAACCGAACUGAAAGCGCUGAACCUCCGUGGAAACCUUCUAACAACCUUCAGCGACAAAGUGUUUGGAUUCGAGACCUCAAAUUUAAAAGAGCUGAAUCUAAAAGGCAACAGAUUGACUCAGCUGUCCUCUAUAAGCACUUUGACAUCUCUUACAGACCUUAUCUUGUCCUCUAACCAGCUUUCUGUCCUUCCUGAGGACAUUUUUAUUAAUGUUACUGCCCUGGAGAAUCUGGACCUGUCUGAAAAUCAGCUUACCCUGCUGCCAGAGAUGAUCUUCAGUGAUCUAUUUAGCAUCAAAUCGAUCCACCUGCACCAGAACAACCUGAGCACGUUGGACGCCAAACUGUUUAAGGACCAGUUGCUUAUUCAGCAGCUCUAUCUGUCUGACAACCAGCUGGAAACUCUCCCACUGGGCCUUUUAGACCCUUUGGUCCACCAGCACACAGUGAGACUGCACGGGAACCCCUGGAAAUGUGACUGCCGCAUGUGGUAUCUGCAUGAUUGGUUGCAGAUACACUACCAAGACGUAGAGAUGCUUGACAGGAUGCUCUGCGCAAGCCCACAGUUAUUGAGCAGACGGGCAGUCUUCUCCAUCGACAAGGACCAGCUGGUGUGUCCCGUGUCUAGAGAUGAUAGUCUCAAUCUGAGAGGUUGCAGGCUCCAAUCUUCAGGAGACACAGUGAUCAUCAGUUGUAAAGUGGAUAAAUGCUCUCCACUGACAGUGAAGGUGCAGUUUCAAGAGGAUGAUGGCAGCGUUAAGGAGCAUAUUUUGAAAAAUGAGCUUCAAUGUAGCAACGAAACAGUGAUUGAGAUCCCCGUCGAGUAGUAUUUUUCCUUUUAUCAGACUUUGUUCUCUGUGCAAAUACAUCUCAACGCCUCUUUCUUUAGGCACAUUAUAUGUUCUAAAUGUUACAGUCAAUACUGUAAACAAACAUCUGACUCAGCAGCAGAUAACCAGCAAACAUGCUGCUGAAUGAUAAGAGGGGUGGAUGAACCCUUUUCUUGUAAAGUUCAAAAUACAACCCAUUUACUUUCUAAGAUCACUGUGAGCAACGUGUUAAUGUUAAUCAUCUGCUAUAACAUCUCCAGUUGAUGCUUCUGUCUCACUGGUUUAUUAACACUGAUACUUUCAAACUGUAUAGUCAUCAGGGUGUGCAGAAUACUUGUUUGAAUAUGUCCUGUUAUGAUCACAUCAUGUAUUUUGCUGUUUUCACAAUGUUUUGGAACAGUUGCCAGUGCAAACUAUAAAUAAAAAAUAAUAUUUGCCCCAACAACAAAUGAUUUUAUUCU